CUCCCACGCAAAUGAUAAAAGUUAUUCAAUUUAAAAUUGUUAAUCAUUAAAUUACCCAAUCAGUAUCUAGAACUUGUAGUUUGAUCUGAGAUUGGAUAAAAUUUCAAGGUCAGGCCAUUGCCUUGAUCUUAGACUCCAUUGCUAAUUUUCCCCAAUCCGAUCAUUUGUUUUGUUGCGUUUGUACUCUAGUCCAAGUAUUCUAGUUACUGUUUACUUAAAUAUAUACGCAGAUGUACUUAUAACAAAGAUUAUUGAUUUUGUCAUAAAGGUCUAAUGGAUAAUAAUAAAAAUAAUUGAGUUAUUCUUUGAAAUUUCCAAAAUUCUUCUCUGAACAUCAAUCUGUAUGAAUACUAACAAUAAUUAAUAUAAAUAAUUUGUAGACAUUUUAUAGUGUCCGAUAUACAAUGACAGGAAUGUUUAUUUUAUUAUAAGCAAAUUGAAUUACGUAUUAAAUACACGAGAUAAAAAUGAAUACACGUUCAAACGGAAGACGUAAUUCAGUGCUAUUAAGAUUGGAUAGUGGAUCAAAGGCUCAAAAAUGUAGACGCUCAAGUUCAUCAGUGCUAGAACCGUUGGAAGAUAUGGUCACAUGUCCAAUUGAUUUAAAUUUUUUAGAUAACCCAAAAUUAUUACCAUGUGGUCAUGCCUUCUGUUGUAAAUGUUUAAAUAAAUAUAUGGAAAAAUUGCCAACAUCACCAACCAAUGCUAGAAAUACUACUACUGCUUCCAAUAAUAAUAGUCACAACAAUAAUAGUCGUAAUAAUCAUAAUAACAACACGAAUACCGGUAAUCUUCGAGAUCAUAGAAAUGAUAAAUCCAAUGAAAAAACAUCAUUUCCUUGUCCAAUAUGCCGUGCAUUAUGUCCAAUUCCAGCUACACGUAAUGCUGAUUCAUUUCCCAGCGCUUUUAAUCAUAAAGCAAUUUUAGAAUUUUUAAAAAAUAAUCAUAUUAGUAGUUUUGUAUCACGUAUGAAUAAUAAUAAUAAUAAUAAUAAUAAUAAUAAUAAUAAUAAUAAUGGAAUGAUCGAACAAACUGAUAGCGAUGGUAAAAGUCCAGUACCUACUCGUAAAACAUCAUUACAAGUUAGUUCAAGAAUGUUAAAUUACAUAGUAGAUGAUAUUGCAUCAAGACAGCGUGAAGGACGAAUGAAUGCAAUUGAUCGUGCUGUAAUCAUUGAUGAAUUUAAAGAAAUUUUAGUAAAUUUACAAGCAUUCGAUGAUAAAUUACCAUUAACAUCUUUAAAUAAUAAUAAACAAAAUUCAUUAAAUAUAAAUAAUAUAAACUCAUUAGAUAAAAAUGCUAGUCAUGAUACUAAUAUUAAUGGUAAUAAUAAUGGUUGUACUACUAUUAAUCAAAAUACUAAUCCACGUUCUAGUACCCCAUCUACUAUUUCACCAACUAAUUCAAUACGUCAGUUUGGUCGAUUUCAUGCUGCAGCAUCACGUAUACGUAGACUUACAGCAAGUUCAAUAUCAUCAAAUGAUCUAUUACCGGUAGAAACAACAUCAUCUUAUAUAACAUAUCGUGAUGCUGAAGGUUUACGUAUAAUGAUGGAACGUAAUUCUAAAUUUCAUGUACUUACUAAAGGUAAAGAUUGUUGUAUUAUGCGACCAGGUGAAAUGUAUCAACCUGUUGAUAUGAAAUUAAUGAUCAAUCAUGAAGAUAACGAUUGUAACAUACAUCGCUUUACAUUAACAACAAAUUUAAAAUGUGAUGAAUUAUUAUUAUGGAAACAGCAAUUACAUUUUAACAAUGGAUUUUUCAAUCUUAUUCAUAAUAAUCAUAAAUAUGGAUUAAAUCAAAUUAGUAGUCAAAUUAUUGUUGAUAAUUCAAAUCCGAUUAAAAUUUUGUAUUUACGUUUUCAUGGUUCUGUUAUUUAUUUAACGGGAAUUAUUACACCGAAUACAUCAACUGCAUCUACAUUGAAUGAGGCAGAAGGAUUAGACUCUAUAGAGAAGUCGGAAUUUGGUAUUCUAGUCUGCUGUACAAUUUCUGAUGAAGAUCAUUCGAAUAAAAAUAAUACAGCUACUUUGGUCAAUGGUGCUGGUAGGAAUACUAAUAAUAAUCGUGAAACCAAUACUGAAUCAAAUCAAGAUACAUCAUCGUCGUCGACUAAUCCAUUCCCAAUUAUAGCUACUUCAAGUUUAUUCUAUCGUGAUGCUGUUGGUUUAGAAAGACAGGAUCAACCAAUUGUCUUUGGCAUAGACAUUGAUCAUACUAACGGUGAUAUUUAUAUUGCACAACCAGCGAAUGCAAUGAUAUGUCGUUUAAAAUCGAAUGAUUUAACUAGAAUUGAUCGUACCUGGUAUUUAAAUGAUCCACAAUUAUCACCUUACUUUUUAUGUUUAGCUAAAAAUGAACAAAAUGUUUGGGCAACAUGUCCAACAGAAGAUAAAGUGUUAAUUCUAGAUAUUGAUAUUGAUGGAUACUUUCAUUUUACACCAAGUAUUUCAUUCAAUAUAGUACCUGGACAUAUAAUUUACACAUCAGAUAAUCGUAUCAUAUUAUUAGAUCAAUCUAAUUAUGAUUUGUAUUGGAUAACAAGAAUUGAAAAAGCAAUUUGUGUUCAACGUUUAUACUAUAAUAUCGGUAGUCAUCAAUCAAAGAAAUUUCAAAUUAUGGCUAUACAACCAGUAUACAGUGAUGAAAUUGUUCACACUGCUAAUACUACUACUAAUACCAAGAGUAGUAUUAAUGCUUUGUCUCAUUCAAACCAUCCCCAUCAACAACAAACUAAUCAUAAUAAUGGUAACACACACAAUCAUUCUAAUGAGAAUGGUAAUAAUAAACUGAAAUUAUUUUCAAAACAUUCCUUUACUACUGUUACAUCAUUAUCACCAUCAUCACAGUCAAUUGAUAAGCUACUUGGUGGUAUUAUGUGUGCGCAUAAUUACGGCUGUACUGUGAUCUAUCCACAAAAAUUAUUUUCACGUAAUAAAUCGGCUAAAAUAUCAUCUUGCUUAAAUUUGUGCGGUAGGAUAUAACGAUAAAGAAAAAGAAACUGGGGUUUCCGUAAUUUCACAAUUCUCCACUGUUUUAAACAAAACAAAAAUGGAGGAAAUUAGUCAAAGAGCGUAGAAUAAAGAUAAGUAGUAGAAUGAUCCAGGAUAAGAGUAACAUUCAAUGAAAAUUUGCUUAUUCUGCUUGUUUGUGUUUCUUCUCUUUUUAUUACUGGAAAAUAAUUUUCUUCAAAUGAAUUUAUUGUUGCAUUUAUAUUUUGUAAAAAUACAAAAAUAACGCCAAAAAAAACAACAGUCCAACUCAUUUCUAUCAAUUCAUAUUAAUUAAUUCAUAGCUUCUACCUGUGUGCCUCUUCACAUCACUUAAUACAUACAAAUGUUUUAACACUAAUUCAAUUGUGCACAUUGAAUACAGCAUAUAUAACACUCAUCAUUAUCAUACCUUUCUCUUAAGGUGGUUAUCAAUAAGAUGUUGGAAGAGAGAAAGAGAGAAGACAUUUUCUGGUUUUGUUACUUAAUAUUUUGACUUUUUAAUAAUGAAAUUAUCAUAUUGUAUUUAUUUCACAGUAACUGCCCCAUUUUUUGUUUGCCACAUCUAUUUCAUGAUUUGUCUACUUCUCUUUUUUUUUUAUUUUAAUUCAUAUUAUUAUUGUUAUUUUAAAUUUUAGUUUGUAAAUGGUUUUACAUAAUACAAUCAGUUUGUAUAGUUGUGUAUGAUGGAUACACUACACAUUAAGAUAAAUUUACCAAUCUCAUUAUUUAUCUUCAGCUUGUCAUGCAUAAUUUAAAACAAAAACAAGCUAAGAAAUUCUAUUUGAAAAGAUGUUUUUAUUUUAUUUGAAUGAAUCACUAAAUUAAGUGUAGGAUUUAAUUUAUCUUAUAAAUAUUCUAUUAGAACUGUAAACGGGACACUGGCGAUCCUGGAGACUAUGUGAAAGCUAUAGUCAGAACGAAGAUAAUUUGCCUUUAAACUUUAUUUGUUUCUAAACGUAAAAACAAUUAGAUUAGUACAAUAAUUAAGGGAAUUAUAGUUAUUAAGUGGAACUCACCAAUAUACCGACCAUUAUUGCGUGUCUUAUCGAAAUGAAUAAAAAUUCUGUUACACGUUCGUUUCAAAAGGGGCAGUGAUUUUUGUACUUGUUGUGAUUAUACUUGCUUCGAUUACUUAUUGCACCAAAAAGCAUUCUUGGUCUACUUUAACUAAAAGUACUUUGGUUAAAGUUUGAAGUUUCUUUGCUUAAUUUUGUCCUGGGUACCUUUUUUUACUCCUAGACUAACACUUGUGUUCAUAUUGUGAUCAUUGUGUGUUUUUAAACCUUUUAAAUCAAAUUACAAUUGUUGGUAAGACUCACAAAUGUGGGCAACCAAAUUGUUUGUUCCCCGUUGAGGAGGGAAUGCAGUGUGAUGACUGUAAAAAGUGGUGCCACAAAAUGUGUACACGCCUAAGUCCGAUGGCAUACAAAAGAUGCUCGAAGCCUAACUCGCAUUGACUUUGUAUGUUCUGCUGUAUGGAUAAAAAGGUACUAAUUCAGGAGGCUAUGGGCAUAUUGGCUUUAGCCUGCAAGAAAAACGAUGACACAUGCGCUGACAACACCGGCACUGACAGUGACGAUUGUGUCAGUGAAGUACCUGCUGUUACGCGACGCCUCAAACCGACUCUGAUCGACGCAAAAGUGAGAUCGCCGUUAACAUUAACAAAGGGAGUAAUACCACCUGGUACUGACAUUGAUAACAAUGCACCUUUAGUGGGAACCGACGAACUGGAUAAAACCAUCACCGUUCCAAAUAGUCCCAAUGUCCUGAGGGAUGAACAAUGGACUACGGUACGUAGGAAACGAAACGAAAGGAAAAAAGCUGUAGGCAGUACACAGGUAGUUAGUAACUCGCUGAUGGACUCUCAUUGUGAGUCACAUACUGCACUACCAAAAUCUGAUGGUAAGAGUGAAACCCAUCCUGGCGUGACUGAGAAGAAAAAUCAAAUAACAGCUAAAACUAAUGACUGUUUACUUGAUAAGUCCUUGGUGGACUCUCAGACCAAUCCACCAAAGCUCCAAAGUAAAGCUUCGUCUAACGCUGUUGUGAGUCACUCACAGGACUCUGUUACAUUAAAAGCUAGUCGUAAGAUACCAGUAGUUAAUAUACAAGAUCUAUCGUCACGGUCGAAAGCUGUUAACACAAUUUCAAAGGAAGCUAAAUCCCUUCCUAGUUUAAUUAUUUGGAAUCUAGAGGAGUCGAAAGAUAACGACCCUGCUAGAAGACAUGCACAUGACCUGAAGUUAGUGGAGUCUGUGGUAAUAAAUGUGCUACCUGAAGAGGUUUCAGGGGUACAUAUUACAAAUGUAAUACGACUUGGUAAAUGGGUUAGAGGCGAGACACAACCAAGAAGAAUCCUGAAGCUGGUUCUCGGGAGUUUCGAAGAAAGAGACAUAUUAUUGAAAAACGCAACAAAAACUCGUGACUCAAAUAUCCGUAUUCGACCAGAUUGGCCGCUUGAGGAUCGAAUCAAGUGGAAGAAUGCUCUUACGGAGUUGAGGACUCGCAAAUUAAAUGGCGAAAAUAACCUCACCAUUAAGGGUUUUCGGGUAGUCAGGUCUUGGAAGCCAAUACUUCCGAGGUCUGUAUGGGUUGAAUGAAUGAUUCCCUAAACACCUUAAGUGUGUGCUACACGAACGCUCGUAGUCUUAGAAAUUAAAAGUCCCAGCUAAGUCUGAUAGUGCAAGAAUUAUGUCCCGAUAUAUUCGUUGUUACAGAAACUUGGUUCACCGUUGAUAUAGACUGUUCUCCUUUCAUUGCAGGCUAUAUCUGUAUUAGAAGUGAUAGAA